AUGCUGUCGCAAAUUUGCAUUCAUCUUGAUUCCGUUGCUUCAAAGCAAAUCCUUUUUCGAAGGGGUCGGACUCAGCCAUCUGGAAAAGUCUUUCUCACAUCCCACUCCAACGAAAAUAACAGCAUCAGUUGCCCAGGGUGA